AUGAAUGGAAAUACUAAAGAGUGCAAUAACGAUAACAAACAUUUUUUGGAUAGCUCGAAUAUCCACUACUGCAGGGGAAAUACCAAUGAAAGAUCAGAAACAGAUAAACGAAGCUAUGAAUGCCUCUAUCCUGGGUGUGCUGUGAUCGCGAAAAGCUACAAGGAAUAUAUAACACAUAGGAAGACACAUGGUCAACCUUUCAUCUAUGAAUGCAAAGUGCCCGGUUGUGGGAGGACAUUCCACCAUGAUUCAUCAUUUCGCAGUCACAAACAGACGCAUGAACCUAAGCCUCAAUGUGAGGGUUGUGGCAAAUUCUUCGCCACCAGGAUUACAUUGCAACAUCACAAGAAGAUCUGCAAAACAAAAUCUCAAAAUGAGACACAAUUUGGGCAUUCUUCACAAGCAUGA